UUUUCUCCCGCUGGCGCGCUGGCCGGGGUCGUGAGCAGUGGUGGCUGUGUUUCGGAGGAGACGGUGGCCGCGCGCCCCGCUUUCCGGAAAUCUCAUCGGGGUCUCGGGGUCCCGGAGGCUGCGAUGGCGGCGGCCUGCGCGAUGGUGCUGGCACUGAAAGCAGAAGCGGAGGAGGAAGAGAAGGACCCCGGGGACUGGCGGGACCCCGACACCUCCCGGAGACGCUUCCGGCGGCUGCGCCCCGGGGACGUGUCCGGCCCGGAGGAGGCGUUGAGCCGCCGGCGGGAGCUGUGCCGCCGCUGGCUGCGGCCCGAGCUGCGCUCCAAGGAGCAGAUGCUGGAGCUGCUGGUCCUCGAGCAGUUCCUCAGCCUCCUCGCGCGCCGGCUGCGGGACCCUGUGCGCCACUGGCGCCCCGAGAGCGGGGAGGAGGCAGCGGCCUGGGCGCGCGCCCUGCAUCCGGUCUCCCCGCAGGUGAGGACCCCCCAAACCCCGAGACCGCAGGCGAAUGAAUUUUCCCACCGCCCUGUCAAGGGCUCCGAGAAGGAAGGGCGCAUUUUGGGGUCAGUGAGGAGGUGGUGGACGCUGGCGCUCCCCUUGUCUCCAUUCCGCACAUUCAGCCCAGUCAAAGCUGCCGGGAGAUGCUGGCUAGUUCAGGCUAUGCCCGAAGCCGUGUUUCAGGGGUCCCUGAGUCCAGUCGAGGUGACGUGGGUCGCUUUGUUAUCCUGCCACUCGGCUCACCAGCUCCUUGCUACUCAGCAGAGAAAGCGAGCAGUAACUGAGGUCUUGCGCCCCUCCAGGGCACCCCGACUUUCAAGGCCGAGGCUGAAUAUCCGACCCAGGGAGAAUGGCAGCAGCUGGCCGUGGAUCCCCAGAACGGCUCGUGCAAAGAGAGCGCGGAAGACUAAGGGAGCACGACCGUGCCGGCCCCCACUGGAGAACAAGUUUGCUAUGGCGAGUGGAUUCCAGCUCAUCUCCUCUGUCUGCUACUUUGAGUCUGGAAAUGACUGGUGGGUGAGCAAGCACAUUAAGAAGCCGAUUCGCUCCACAGUCUUCAGCUUGGGCUGGCACCUCAACAACAUUUGGCUGGCUGCAGGGUCAUGUGACUUCAAAUGCAGCCAGGUGUCCAUUUACGAGGUGGACCAACAGGACUGUCGCAAAUUCUGUACCACUGGCAUCAACGGGGCCAUGAUGAUCUGGGAUUUCAACGUUUGUGUUUACAUCCCUGUGGCGGGGGACAGGGAGAUGGCGGGGCGGCCUCGGAGCGUCUGCACCCGGAAGUCUCAGCAGGGCAGAUCCAGAAGCGAAGCCCAAAGGGAGGGACUUCCGCUAGAGGCGCGCCGCUACCCAGACCUGUUGUCCCCUGUCAGCAGUCUUAUCCCAAGCAGUAAUAAACUCAUAGUCCUGCUCACACGAGGGGGCGGGGAGGGGAAGAAUCUUGGGGCUCGCCGCCUCCCGCACCUGUCCAUCGCCCGCCGUCCGUCCUGGAGUCCCCGAGCGGCUCCUGCGUGGGGCAAGGGGGAUGGCGGGAAGAGAAGAAGCCCAGUCCUUCUCUCCCACCAGGCCUGUGUGCUUCCUGGGGGAGAUGGGUGCAUGCCGCCCUGGGGUUCACUGGGCUUAGUUGUUAGGGUGCUGGGGACUCAGUACAGAAGGAUCUGGGGCAAAGAGAAAAAGGAAGCGGUGGAGAAGAAAGAAGAGGAAGGAAGGAAAGAGAGAACAAAGGAAGAAAGAAAUCUGGUUUUUACAGAAAAAAGUCAGCUAAUUGAAACUUGGGUACUAUUUGGCGUUGGUUUGCUGAAUUUAAGCCAACAUACACAGAGUGCAUUGACCUACAAUGAUGUGCAUGUGAACUUCACUCGAGAAGAGUGGGCUUUGCUGGAUCCUUCCCAGAGGAGUCUAUACAAAGAGGUAAUGCUGGAGACCUACAGGAACCUCACUGCUAUAGGAUACAAUUUGGAAUAUCAUAAUAUUGAAGAGAAUUGUCAAAGUUUUAGAAAACAUGCAAGGUUUGAAAAUAGUCAUAGUGGAGAGAAAGCUUCUGAAGAUACUCGAUAUGACGAAGUCUUUACAUGUCACAUUAGUCCCCACACAUAUAAAAGUAUGCAUAUUGGUGAGGAUCGCUAUGAAUGUAACCGAAAUGGUAAUGCCUUUGCACAUAACAGUCACCUCCUAACACAUAAAAGGACACAUAUUGGAGAGAAACCUUAUGAAUGUAACCAACGUGGUAAAGCCUGUGCACGUAACAGUAAUCUAAUACACGAAAAAAAUCACAAUGGAGAGAAACCUUAUGAAUGUAACGAAUGUGGAAAAGCCUUUGCACGUAAAAGUACUCUCAUAGUACAUGAAAGAACUCACUCUGGAGAGAAACCUUAUGAAUGUAACCAAUGUGGUAAAGCCUUUGCAUGUAACAGUAGUCUCCAAAUACAUAAAAGAACUCACACUGGAGAGAAACCAUAUGAAUGUAACAAAUGUGGUAAAGCCUUUGCACGUAACAGUACUCUCCUAGUACAUGAAAGAACUCACACUGGAGAGAAACCAUAUGAAUGUAACCAAUGUGGUAAAGCCUUUGCACAUAACUGUCAUCUGGUAGUACAUAAAAGAACUCACACUGGAGAGAAACCUUAUGAAUGUAACCAAUGCAGUAAAGCCUUUGCACGGAGCAGUCAUCUGGUAGUACAUAAAAGGACUCACCCUGAAGAGAAGCCUUAUGAAUGUAUCCAAUGUGGUAAGGCCUUUAAACAUAACAGUAAUCUCCUGAUACAUAAAAGAACUCACACUGGACAGAAAUCUUAUGAAUGUAACCAAUGCGGUAAGGCCUUUGCACGGAACAGUCAUCUGGUAGCACAUAAAAGAACUCACACUGGAGACAAACCUUAUGAAUGUAACCAAUGUGGUAAAGCCUUUAAACAUAACAGUAGUCUCCUGCUACAUAAAAGCACUCACACUGGACAGAAACCUUAUGAAUGUAACCAAUGUGGUAAAGCCUUUGCACGGAACAGUCAUCUGGUAGUACAUAAAAGAACUCACACUGGAGAGAAACCUUAUGAAUGCAACCAAUGUGCUAAAGCCUUUGCAUGUUACAGUGCUCUCCUAAAACAUAAAAAAACUCACACCUGAGAGAAACCUUAUGAAUAUAACGAAAGUUGCAAAGACUUUGCAUGUAACAGUAAUUUCCUAAUACAGAAAAGAACUCCCACUGGAUAUAAACCUUAUGAAUGUAACCAAUGUGGUAAAGUCUUUGCACAGAAUAGUCAUCUGGAAGUACCUAAAAGAACUUACAUUGGAGAGAAAUCUUAUGAAUGUACCUCAUAUGAUAAAGUGUAUGCAUUUCAGAGUAGUCUCUGAAAACCUAAAAGAACACAACUUGAAGAAAAAAACCUUAUGAAUGUAAUCUGUUUGGCAUCAUCUUUGUACAACACAGUCAUCUCCUACUACAUAAAAAUGCAUGUUGCAGAAAAUUCUUAUGAAAAUAACCAAUGUCAUAAAAGCUUUUCAUGUAAGAGUCAUCUUGAACAAGAACACUUACUGGAGUGAAACCCUAUGACUGUAAUCAAUGUGUUAAAGCCUUUGCAUGUCAUAAUAAUCUCCAUGUACAUAGAAGAAUACACACUGGAGGAAAACUAUGAAUUUAACUAAUGUGAUAAAGCUUCUUGACGUAAUAGUAAUAUCAUAUGACAGAAAGAACAUAUACUGGAGAGAAACCUUAUGAAUGUAACCAAUGUUCUAAAAGUUGCUCUUCACACUCAUCUUCAAAGUCAUGAAAGAAUUCAUAUUGGACUGAAAGACUAUGAGUGCAUUUAGCAUGGUGAAGCUCUUCCACAUUUGUAUAGUCAUCAUCAUUAAAGAAUUCAUACUGCAGAGACAUUAAUGAAUGUUUUAAAAUGUGAGGGCUUUGCAUAUAUCUAUAUUUUUCAUCAUUAUAAAGGUUUCAUAAUGGAGAGGAAUUCCAAGAAAAAACAUUUUUAAGAGGUGCAGCUGAGAGGCACUGUGGUUAUGUGGACUAGAUAUGCAAAAUAUUUCAAGUGUUUCACAUCUUUCUUCUUCACAUGUUCUCUUUACAAAAUAAUUAGAACCCUGUGUCUCUCCACACCCCUGCCCUGUGGAUCUUCUGUACUUUCUCCUGCCUUCUUUGAUUUCUUUUGUUUUCAACCCAUUAAGAAUUUCUUGUA